AUGCUGGGUGCUGGCAUAUUGAUUGCUCUGCUUAUUGCCAUCUUCACCGCCAGGACUCUCUACCUCUGGAACAGGCUCCGCCAUAUUCCUGGCCCUUUCUCGGCGGGGUUCUCAAAAUGGUGGCUGUUGAAACGGACUCUGAAUGGGACCAUCCACAUGGAAUCCGCCCAGGCCACCUUCCAGUAUGGCUCGCUGGUCCGAAUCGGACCCAAUGAAGUACUCACCAGUGACCCGGAGACCCUCAGAAAGAUGCUGGCGGUCCGAUCGCCAUAUCUUCGAUCAAACUGGUAUGAUGCCAUUAAAAUCGACCCUGACCAUGCCAACAUUCUUUCUGAACGAAAUGUUGAGAGACAUCAGUCGCUGCGCGCGAAAAUGGCUCCUGGAUAUGCCGGCAAAGAGAAUCCAGACCUGGAGGAGUCCAUCGACAGAGUUAUUGCCGGCCUGAUCCAGCUCAUCGAAACCAAGUAUAUUUCCACCGCUGCAGAAUACAGACCAGUCGACUUUGCACGCAAGGCCCAAUAUCUCACUCUAGACUUGAUUGGACAAAUAGCAUUUGGGAAACCAUUUGGAUUCAUUGACAAGGACGAGGAUGUCUUUGCGUACAUAGAGACCACCGAGAGCACCAUCCCCGUGAUGAUGUUAGUGAGCGCUUUCCCGUUGUUGGCUAAAGUUUUCCAGUCUCCCAUCUUGAAGAGCCUGAUGCCCAAGAAGACUGACUCUUACGGCCUGGGAAAGAUAAUGGGCUUAGCCAAACAAGUUGUGGACGAGCGAUUUGAGCCAGAUGCGAAGCGAAAGUGGGAUAUGCUGGGUUCUUUCAUUGCCCAUGGCCUAACGAAAGAAGAAGCAGAGUCAGAGACCCUGGUGCUAACUCCCAUCGCAAGCCUUGCUGGUAGCGAUACAACUGCUUCCGCCACUCGCGCAAUACUUCUGCAUGUUGUUACCAAUCCUCAAGCUCUCGAAAGACUACUGGAUGAGAUCUCCAAGGCAGACAUAUCCAGUCCAAUCAAAGACUCGGAAGCUAAGAAGAUGCCCUUUCUCCAAGCCGUCAUCAAAGAAGGGCUGCGAAUUCACCCACCAGUUACAGGUCUUAUGCUGAAGGAAGUACCGCCUGGAGGCGACACCGUGCUUGGGCACUACCUCCCUGCUCAAACAAAACUAGGCUAUUGCGCUUUUGGUCUAUUUCUCGACCCCAAGUUGUGGGGGAAAGAUUCGAUGGUAUAUCGUCCAGAGCGUUGGUUGGAAGGCACACCCGAGGAGAUCAGACGCAAGGAGAACGACAUGGACCUGGUCUUUGGCUGGGGUCGUUCCCAAUGUCUGGGCAAGACAGUUGCAGCUAUCGAGCUAAACAAGAUUAUUGUAGAGCUUCUCCGACACUUCAACUUCACCAUCGCCAACCCACAAAAGCCAUGGAACUCCUUCGGUGCGGGUGUUUUCAUCGUCAGCGACAUGUGGAUGCGCGUCACCAAGCGAGAACCAGCACUCUAA